AUGCCGCACCGCCACGUGCCGGAGCCCAAGGAGCCCUCGCCCUUCUUUGAGCGCCUGCGCUCGGAGCUCAAGUUCAAGGCGCGGCACCGCGUGGCCGAGGCGGUGGACGCCGUGUGCGCCGCCUUCGAGGACGAAUUGACGCAAUUGACGAAACCAUUGCUUCCGAUGGACUACAGCUACGAGCUGUUCUACGACUGCUGCAGCCGCCUGGCGCGCUUCAUCGACAGCAACUUGAGCACGACGCCCGGGUUCCUGGUGGAGAUGGACCGCCUCAUCUUCGCGUGCCACAGCGGGGACUCGGGCGACGAUGGACUUGGAGAUCCGACGGGGACAGGAGAAACGGAGGAAGUUGCUGCUGGCGGUGGCGAUGAGAACGGAGUGAAAAACGUUGGAGAUGCAACUGAUGGUGACGAUGAGGACGAUACGUCUUCGAAUAAGUCUGCAACGGUUGACGACACGUCAAGGGAGUGGGGGACAAGGAAGCGGCUGUCGACGAGAAGCCAAUCGUCGAUGAAGCAAGGCAAAACAAAGCGAUUGAAGAGGUGGGUGGAGCGUGGAGAGGAUGAACGUGAAGAAAAGAAGAAGGAGAAGCGAGAAGGUGAAGGCAAGAGUUCGGGGUGCGCGCAGGAUGAGCAUAAGAAGCAAGCAGAUGCUGUCAUGCAAGAUGCUGGCGACGAACCAGCUCGCAAUCAAGACCAAGAAGAGCUGGAUGAACGCAAGGAGCAAGCCGAUGCUGGCGAGCAAGAUGCUGGCGACGAACAAGCUCGCAAUCAAGGCAGAGGCGAAGAAGAUUUCCGGCGCGGAAAAGAACUGCUCGCGUUAUAUCGCGACAAAGGACAGCUGCAAAGGCCACGUCCAAGCGGGGGAAGCGGGUUCAUCGAAGUGAUGCUGGAGAUGCAACGGGAAAUGACCAGAGCACUACUGGUGGUGGUGGUGGUGAAAGACGAAGAUGGGGACGCAUGCUCGCAAGUUCGCAAGGAUGCACAAGCUCCCGUCGCGAAAGAAGUCUCAGAAAAGAGCGCUACACCCAAAUCGACACAGGAUGCCGAUAUUGGCGACGAACAUUCUUUUGAGGCUGAAUCUGGUACAACACCCGAGUCGGAACAAGAGGACACUGCUGAUAAUAAGCACCAGGCAUUGAACUCGUCAGUUCACACCGACUUGACUACCAAACCGAGCUGCUUAGAUGGCGUCGACGGUGACGAAGAGGACACGACUAGCAAUGGGAGUGAGGCUGAAGUGACCCAAAAGCAUGGCAACACUGACAACGUUCGGAAGGAGGGCAAGCUCAAUAUCGUGGGCGACUUUGAAGGGGUGCCAGCUGAAGAGGACACGACUGGCAAUGGGAGUGAGACUGAAGUGAUCCAAAACCAUGACAACUCUGACAACGUUCACAAACUCAGUAUCAUGGACGACUUUGAAACGGUGCAAGCUGAAGAACCGGAGAGUCUUGGUAUUAUUGACGUGGAAAUGGAGAACGCGAGUGUUGUCGACCUGACGGGCGAAACGCAACCGAUAGAUGAACCAGAGACGGAUCAAGGCCGAGAAAGUAACACCAUUACGGUUGAAGGGAGUACAGUAGCUACUGAUGCUCGUGACAAGCCAACAAACCCCGAAGACCAAGAAGUUGUUUAUGCUGAUGUCAUGGAUUCAUCAGACGAACCCCCCGUUCCUGGGUUUUGCGAUGCGGGAAUGCGACCAGAAAAUGAAGUCCGUCAUUUCCAAGACUGCCUACAAAAGGCGAUCCAGUUCAUAGAUGCAGUUCUGUGCAAGCCACCGCGCGGUAAAUCGUGUGUCAGAGGUUGCAAGAACAUUCGUGAGCGGCAGUGCAUAAUGGGCGAACCGUGUCACGACGAUCUUUGCAGUAAUUGGCACAGCGCAGAAGCGCACAGGGCGCGCUGCACGAACCCGCUGUGUGAGUUUCGGGAUCGCAUCUCGCUUCGCGAAAUCAUGCACCAAAUCGCAAACCUGGACGAAUAUUCUCAGGCGAUGCAGGCGCAAUGGCAGAAGAAAACAUUGGAGCUUAUCAUGGCAACGGAUGACGAGUCCACACAGCUGAACGAGGACAUGAAACUGCUUCUGCGAAGCAUUGACGAAGCGAAGGAGGAAAUGGAGUUCCUCAAGGACAGCAAAAGAGUACUACAGGCCAACUUGAGCGCAAUUGGGAUCAUGCCUGGAGACGACAUAGCUGACCGCUUCCCUGACGUUGAGUCACACUACAUAUGA